AUGGGACCACACCCACGUGGCCGUGUUUGUGAUCUGAAAGUGAUUCCACAGGGCGUAGAAGCAGCAGUCACAAACCUUUGCAGCAAAGGGGCAGCUCUAGGGAAACCCUUUGAAGCACAUGCCGAAGAUAUAGCAAGUGUGGCAAGUUUCAUUGAGACCAAGCUCGUCACAUGCUACCUACGUAUGAGGAAGCCUGACCUUGCCCUGAACCACGCACACAGGAGUAUUGUUUUAAACCCAGCCUAUUUCCGAAACCAUCUUCGUCAGGCAGCCGUGUUUAGAUGUCUGGAGAGAUACUCAGAAGCCGCCCGGAGUGCCAUGAUUGCUGACUACAUGUUCUGGCUCUGUGGAGGAAGCGAGCACUGUGUAAGCAAGCUCAUCAAACUGUAUUGGCAGGCCAUGAUUGAAGAAGCCAUCACCAGAGCCGAGGCUUUCUCAGUUAUGUACACACCCUUUGCAACAAAAAUAAGGGCUGAUAAAAUCGAAAAAGUGAGAGAGGUGUUCAUCAGAACUCACCCUGCAUACGUGGACUGUAUCUACACAGACACCCAAGGACUCCACGUACUGCCUCAGACGGCUGACUGGUCAUCUUUUCCUCCUCAACAGUAUCUGUUGACGCUUGGGUUCAAAAACAAAGAAGAUGGGAAGUUUUUGGAAAAGGUGUCAAGCAGGAAGCUGCCCACUUUCACAGAACAUAAAACUCCCUUCUCUCUGCUGACCAGAGAAGACACGGUGAGGCUGAUGGAGACGGUGGGGAAGCGAAUCCUGCCAAUCCUGGACUUUAUCCGAAGCACACAACUGAAUGGGAAUUUCCAUGCCUGCUCAGGUGUGAUGGAGAAGCUGCACUAUGCCAGCCUCCUCAGCCGGCUGCAGAGAGUGAAGGAGCAGGCCCAGGUGAUCAAUCAAGCAAUGGCCGAGCUGGCAACCGUCCCUUAUCUCCAGGACAUCAGUCAACAGGAGGCGGAAUUGCUGCAGUCGCUAAUGGCAGACGCCAUGGACACCCUUGAAGGAAGACAGAGUGACAAAGAACGUGUGUGGAAUACAAUCCAAAAGGUCGGACGAAUUGAAGACUUUCUAUACCAACUAGAAGACAACUUCUUAAAAACUAAGAAACUGAGAACUGCUCGGAGGCAGAAAACGAAACUGAAGAGGCUUCAAACUGUGCAGCAAAACUAGACCCUAGGGAGCAGGCUGACCGACCGAGGUGUCUUGAGAGGCUGAGGUGAACAGCAUCUGGGUAACAAAGGCUGUCACCACAGCACACCCUUGCCAAAGAUACUCUAUACUUCUUUAAUUUCAACUGGUAGCAAUAAACGUUCUCAACAUGCUUGACUUGA